AUGCCUGUUGGCGUGGACACCAAAGCAGAACCCAGUGGUAUUAGUGAUGCAGGAGAUCCAGCGGAAGUAGCCCGUCUACAGCAGCUUCAAGCAGCAGCUGCACAUUGGCAGCAAGUGCAACAUCAGAGGGCCAGCUUUCAGUACCAGGCCCUGAUGCAAGAGCAUGCUCAACUACAACAGAUCCUGCAGCAGUACCAACAGAUUAUUCAACAGCCAGCACAUCUCCAGACAAUGCCCCCGGACAUGCAGUUGCAACACUAUGAAUUACAACAACAGAGGUUUGCUCCAUUGUUCCAAGAAUGGGACAGACACUUUAGAUUGUGGCUAGAACAGUUUCAGUCAUAUCCACACAAAGACCAGCUACAGGAUUAUGAAGCGCAGUGGAGACAAUGGCAAGAACAAAUGAAUUCAACUUCUACUCAUCUGCAAGAAAGAGUCACAACUCUUAGAGCUAUGCAGCAUCCCUAUGGUACUGGUCCUGCUUAUGGAGGCAUGAUGGGACUAUAUGGACAAAAUAGGCCCCCAGGACCAAAUGGAAACAUUCAUUUAACCAGCCCAGGGAUCCCAUCUGUGCCUCAACCUGUUAACAUGGAUGCCAUUUCUGGACAUGGUCCUCCAGAUUCUGGACCAGUUAUUACACAAGGUCCAUCAUCUUCAAAACCUCCAGAAGUUUACUCGCCUGCUGUGAAAGAUUCUGUUUCUGAAACAUGUAAAACUACUGGAUCUGCUGGAGGACCUGGACCAGGCAUUAGACCUCCUGGACCCAUAGGAAAUCAAAGAUUUGAGGGUACCAGAGGCCCACGCUUUGAACAGCAACAACAGCAACGGUUCAGUGGGCCACCUAGGUUUGACACUUGUCAGCGGUUUAACAGACCUCCCAGACCCAGUGCUCCUUGUCCAGAGGCUGUACAGAUACCUGACAAUCCUCCUAGGCAGAAUCUACCCACACGCUUUGAAAGACCCCCUGCACCACCUCAACAGCCAGAGUUUCGUCCGCAGUCCAGUCUUGGUCCUGACAAUCAAACAAAACAACAGUCAUCUAAACCUGAUGUUCCACCAGCUCCUCUAUCUCAGACAGGUCCAGAAAAAAUAAAAAUAUCUGUAGUUAAUGAAAAAGAUGGUGCUACCACUUCUCAGUCACUGACGGAUGACAUAUUGGACUCAGAGGAUGGAUUUUUUGUUCAGAGCGGACCCAUUCCUCAAAGUCAGGAUAAAACUUCUGAAAUUGUAAUUUCAGAGCUUGCUAAACCAGAUAAGCUGAAAGCAGAUGAUAUAAAAACGUCAUUACCUUCAGAAAGUUUAACCACCACAAACAAAAACUUGAAAAAUUCUGGCUCACAACCUCCUAAAGCUGGUCAUAGGACUAAUGGUCCACCACAACAAACAAAGCCUUCUCAACAUGACCAGUUUAAACCUGAUGCCCCUAAGGAGGCUCCCAGGGGCUCACAGGUUAUAAAUCAGACAAGCCAGCUGCAUGGCAUACGUGGAAGAGGAAGUGGCCAUGGCCCGAUACCUCCACGAGGAAGGGGCCAAGGCCCGAUACCUCCACAAGGCAGGGGCCAAGGCCCGAUACCUCCACGGGGCAGGGGCCAAGUCCUGAUACCUCUUCGAGGCAGGGGUCGUGGACGUGGUCGAGGGCAGUUUGGAGGACCAGAUCCCAACUCUCAGAGAGAAAUUAUAGAGGAGGCUCCUUAUGAUCACCAGGCACCCGAUGACAUGCACAGAGAGGACCAUGAUUUGGCAUGGAGAGAGCCCUCUUUAGAUGAACCUGAAAGAGUGGAUGACCAGGGAGCGCCCCAUGAGAUGUGGCAUCCAGAGGAACUCCACUUUACAGAAACGUACCAUGAAAUGCCUAGAGAUAGAAGAAUUCCGGUGGGUCACAGGGAGCACCUAGAGAGCACCCAUUCAGAAGAGCACUGGGAGGAACCAUCACAGGAUUACUGGGAGGAGGAGGAUCCAUACUGGACAGAAAGAAGACCUCCCAUCAACACUAGACUUCCAUUUCCUCCAGGUGGCCCUAGAAGGCCCCCUUUUCAACCCCGGUUUAUGCAUCAUGGCCCAAUACGACCCCCUCCUCCUGGGUGUAUGGAACAGGGACCUCCUCACAUGAGUCGUGGGGGUUUAGGGCCACGAUUGAGGCGUGGUGCAGGUCCAUGGAGACCUCCACCACCACGACGGCCACCUGCACCACAUGAAGGCUUGAGAGAACCUGAUCAACCUGAAUAUGGCGAUGAAGUGGACAGAGAUCCUGGAUGGCAUGGAAGAGGACUUCAACAGCCUCCUUUACCUCCUCAUGAAAUAAUAGCUAGAGGUGCAAGACCACCCAUGAGACCCCCAAUGCCAAGGGACAGGUGGCGUAGAGAGAUGGCUCAUGAAGGAGCACAUGAGGAGGAAUAUCAAUGUAGCCCUGAGGAUUUUAGGUACAUAAGGCCAGCUCAUGAAUAUUCAGAUUAUGAGCAAGAUGAUGAGUAUUACAGUUCUCAUGAUGAAUGGGGCAGGGGGCAUCCUGAUCGAGAUUAUCCACCACAUGGUCCACCAGAGCCCAUUAGAGAAAAUCGGUGGUUAGAAGAAAGUGAAAGAUUGUUCCCAUAUGAGGAAGAGGGAUUAUAUAAAGAAGAAAGAAGGCCUGGUUAUCCUGAUGACACACCAUAUAGUGAAAGGGAGCCUUCAUUUCACUCUCAGCCUGACUGGGAUAGGGCCCCACCUCCACCCCCCCCAGAAAGAGGUUUUUCUCAUCCGGUUUGUGAAUCUAACGCACAUUUUGAGAGAAACCUAGAUCCCUCAGCUGGCCUGCCCCCAUCUCAAGCACCAGACACCCCACUUGAGCAGUCUUCUCCUGGUGCAGCUAAAACUGUACUUGCUCUUUCUCAAAGGCAGCAUGAGAUCAUCCUCAAAGCUGCCCAGGAGCUGAAAAUGAUAAGAGAACUCCAGGAAACUAAUAUGACGUUCGGAGAAGCGGUCAACCCAGAAUCGAUUGGGUUGCCUUCACUUCCCCCUGGUAUUCUUGGAUUGGAAAUUCCACCUGAGGUUAAAAGUGCUCUUCAUGCUACCAAUUUAUUAUCAGAAAAAGGACAUACUCCUGAUAAACCCAUAGAAGUUGGCUUGCUCCCUUCAAAUCAAAUGGCAGACUUUACUUCGUCAGCACCUGCCCCUACCGCCACAUUCAUUACUAAAACAGUGGACUAUGGGCAUGGGCGUGAUGUAGGUGCGACGGUGGAAAGAAUUUCUUAUGGCGAGAGGAUAGUGUUAAGGCCUGGCCCACUGCCACAUGAACGACUUUAUGAGAAGGGGUUAGAGCCACUUGGCUACCGAGAUCCAUACUAUGACAGAAGAAAUGACCCAUAUGGUGGUCCCAGGAGUUACGACAGGGAGUGGGAGCGAGAUCCGUACAGGGAUAAACCACCUCUGGACUAUGAGAAAGACAGAUAUGAAAGAGAUCGUUACUUACAAGAUGAACGUUCUCCACUCGGGCCUCGUCCAGGGCAUAGGGAGAGAGAAAGAGACUACCCAAGCCGCUUGAGCAGGGAGCGAGAAAUGUAUAACCAGACAGGAUAUGACAGGUCUUCCUAUGAAAGGAGUCUUGAGAAUUAUGAGCAUGGAUCCUCAAGCUACGCAAAUGAUCGGAGGAGCUAUUCAGAUGAGCGCCCUCCUCCAUCCUCAUCAGUGCCCCCUUCUACAUCUGUUGCUCCUCCUCGUGUGGAGAAGAAACCAGAGACAAAGAAUGCUGAAGACAUCCUCAAACCCCCAGGGCGAGAAACCAGACCUGAAAGGAUUGUGGUCAUUAUGCGUGGAUUACCGGGAAGUGGCAAAAGUCAUGUAGCAAAACUUAUUAGGGACAAAGAAGUUGAAUGUGGUGGUGCGCCACCCAGAGUUCUGGGUCUGGAUGAUUAUUUCAUGACUGAAGUGGAAAAGGUUCAGAAGGACCCUGAUACUGGGAAACGUGUCAAGAACAAGGUGCUUGAAUAUGAAUAUGAACCAGAAAUGGAAGACACAUAUCGAAGCAGUAUGUUGAAAACAUUCAAGAAAACACUGGAUGAUGGAUUCUUUCCCUUCAUAAUUCUGGAUGCCAUCAAUGAUAAAGUGAAGUACUUUGAUCAGUUCUGGAGUGCUGCCAAGACAAAAGGAUUUGAGGUUUAUUUGGCUGAAAUUACUGCUGAUCAUCAAACAUGUGCAAAGAGAAACAUACAUGGACGGACACUAAAGGAUAUUACAAAGGUUGCCAAUGGCUGGGAAUCGGCCCCACCCCAUAUGGUACGACUUGACAUUAGGUCGCUACUGCAGGACGCUGCUAUUGAGGAUGUGGAAAUGGAAGACUUCAACCCAUCUGAAGAAGAACCAAAAGCUGAAGUGAAAAAGGACGACGAUGACGAGGCAGAUCUGGGAUACCUUCCGAAAAGCAAAUGGGAGAUGGACACUUCAGAAGCCAAACUUGAUAAGCUGGAAGGUUUGGCUGGUGGCGGGAAAAGAAAACGUGACUCUGAUGUGGGCAUGGAGGACUUCCUUCAGCUGCCUGAUGAUUACGCCAGUCGCAUGUCUGAACCCGGCAAAAAGAGGGUGCGCUGGGCCGAUCUUGAGGAGAAGAAGGAUGCAGAUCGAAAGCGUGCAAUUGGUUUUGUAGUUGGUCAAACAGACUGGGAGAAAAUCACAGAUGAGACUGGCCAGCUUGCUCAAAAAGCUCUUAACCGCACAAAGUAUUUUUAAGGCAUUUUGUAAAGACAUUCUUUGUACAGCAUUUAAGGUCAUCAGUCCAUGAAAUUCUUUUCCAUACUUUGCAGUGUGCUGAAGAAAGGUCCUUGUCCCUUGCUCAGAUACAGACAUUUACAGUAGAAAUUUAUUUGAUAGUACAUGUGAAACCUUGGUGUAAUAUCUUGAAGAAUCAUUUUUGUUUUAUCUUAUUUUUAGUAGGUUAAGCAUUGUGUGAAGUUUUGUGUAUGUAGUAUAUAUGAUUGUAGGUGGGAUUCCUUAGGUGAUAUACCUUUUUUAUAUUUUAUUACAAUAUAUUUCAAUGUAUUCGUCCAUGAGCGGUUCUUGUGUUCCACACAUCAAAUAAAGGUUAAAAACAGCCUAAAAGAACUUUCAUACAACAAUUUGUGUAAUGGGAAAACUUGAAUGAGGAAUGGGAAAAAGUAAAUAAAGCCCUUAUAUUGUUAAUGCAAGACACAAUACAUGUCAACUUGGUUUGCUAGCUUGGGGCCACAAAUGAUUGACAGGCCUUAUCAUGCUGUGAUUGGCUUUGCUAACUUUUACUUGACUGGCCACAUAUUUUGUCAGAAAACGUACUAGACUAUGUUUUUAUAGUGGAUGUGACACCAAAGCCUUUUUAAAUACGAACAUUUAAUUUAUGCAAUGCCAUAUUGCAACCAUGAACACUACACAUUUUACUAAAACAUUUAUUUAUUGCUCUAAUACAUGUUUAAAGAAUAAGCUUUGUUGUACCUUUUUAAACAUCCCUCACUUUGGAUCAAGUCUUUAUUUUUCCCGAGAAAUUAAUCCAAUGAAUACACAAUGGGUAUUACACUUGUAUUGUCAAGUGGUCUACCCUCCAAUGAUGUUCAUUAAAUCUAAUUUUUAUUAAGCUGUAACGAUGGACAGAAUGUUCUUGAGAUUUGUAUAGUAAAAAUAAUAACACUAAAGGUAAGUGCGAAGAGACUAAUUAUUAAUGUUGCACCUUAAAUUUCUGGUAUCAUUUCAAGUGAGGAAAAAUUAUAUUAUGAGAUUCUCAAUUUUAUAAACUGUUUAUUGUAUAAUGCUCUUUUCUUUCUUUUUAUAUAUUAGCCUAAAUGUUCACAAGUCUGCAACAAAAUAUUCUUGGUUAAUAUGAUGAUAAAAUGUGGCAGAUGGCCGGCAGCUUAAAAAUUAAGAAUCGUCAUAAUGCUGAAAACUGACAGUAUAAAGCAAUAGUUUGCACAAGAUGAAAAUACUGUUGUCAUUGAUUUAUUACACUACUCAACUAUAAACCUUUCUUAAAGGGAUAAAAUCAAAUUGCUAUAAACUGCCAGUGACACUACAUUAAAGUUGCAAAAAUGUCUAUACUGAAAAAUAUCAUUUCGGUGGUCCUCUUUCUCUCACACUCUGAAAACAUUAGAUGAAUAUGGGGAUAACACUUACAUCAGUCAGGACCCUAAAGGGUCUAAAAUGGCAACAAAAGUGGUCCAUGUGCCUAGGUUUUUGCAACUCUUAAGCUGUAGUAACUGUUGGAAAUAUACUGUCAUUGCUGAAAAACUAUUUCCUUCAAUAUUGAAGUGUGUCAUGUUAAGCUGGUGUCUGCUGAUGUUCCACUUGUGUCAUCGAAACCCUUUUCAGCACAAUGUCUGUUUUUGAUUACAUUUUGCCUUUUUCUUUUAGAAGUCUAUAAUGCUUCCAAUUGACCCUUCGCGAAGCCCGCCCCCUUUUGCUUAUGUCCGACAUCAGCCAAAGCGCUCCCACUGCACUAAAAUAAUAUUCAUUGUGGAAAAAAAUGACGUGUAUUUUCAGCCAAAAGCAAUAAGAAAGUCUUCAAUAUGCAUUUUCUGGAUGUGAAAGUGACUCGGAAUAAAGUAAACAAAAUACAGAUCGAAGCUCUAGCCUAACGUACUGUGCUUGCUGUAACGACAUAAAUCCUAUUCGCACAGGAUUAGUAUUAUCUGGGGACCUCUGGUCAUUUGUAAUAAUCGCAGAGAUUGUCUGUGAUCUUAGUCCCGUGCGAAACGGCCAUGUCUGUAAUUUGUAAAGUAAAAAUUCCCCCACAAAUUACCUACCAUAUUUUGACGAACACCGAGGUCCUGUGAUAAUAUUAGUCGAGUGCGAAUCGGCAUCUCUGCGAUUUGAAAUUUUGAACAAGGUUUGGCGGGAUCGUAUCUAAUUUUUUCAAGGUUUCUGUGCACCUUUUCAGUCAUCUUUCGCAAAGAAUGGAAGCUGCGUUGGAGUGUUUUCACAGUAUUUUGGGUGCUGGGUUAUGUCGCUACAUACCAGACAACAAUAAUAUUGGCAGAGAGAAAAUAUUCACUGUAAAAAAAACAUGACAGGAUCAGAAGAGCGAAACAAAAAAGAAGGAAUAUAUGGAGAUGGCUGACAUGCAUGGCAGCAUGCGGUAAGGAACAUUCUUCUGUUUACAUACAACUACAACGACAAGACUUUCAAGUAGGGCUGUCAACGGUAACGCGUUAACGCAUGCGAUUAAUUAUUUCAAAUUAACGCGUGAAAAAUAUUUAACGCAAUUAACGCAGCAUCCGUUUGUUUUGACAUCCUUUGUCUAGCGUUGCAUUAUCCCAGAUAGCACAAUCCAUCUGGUUUACGUCUAUUUGACAUCUGCAAGACAUCUGCAAUACAUAGUUUGCUCAUCUGCAAUACGUCUCGGAGAUGUCUGAACGUCUGUAAUACGUCUGCUAAAGAUCUGGAGAUCUGCUGCUUAAAAACAUCUGCUAAACAACUUAGAAAGAGCUGUUGUACAUCCAUUCUAAAUCAUAAACAUCUUACAGACAUCAUCUAGAUGUCUAUAUGACGUCUGACAGCAGACAUCUCCGAGACGUAUUGCAGAUGAGCAAACUAUGUAUUGUAGAUGUCUUGCAGACGUCAAAUAGACGUAAACCAGAUGUAUGUGUGCUAUCAGGGAUGUAAUCACGCUCUUAUUCGUGUACAGGCUUUUAAACCACUUAAGCGCGAUUUGAAACAGUUGCUUUGACAUGUUCAAUGAAGAUAGACAGCUUCUAAACUGUGGGACGCAGCAAAACGCAACGCGAGGUCCAGCCUGGUGUGUACAAUAACGGGCUAAAGGCUGCGUCAAUGAAUGAAUCUCUGUCAGACAGCGCAUCCGUGUUAAGUUCUCUUUCGUGCCAUGUUUAGAAAGAGGGAAGCGCCUUCACGUCAAAUCCGGGAGAUAAGUCAGUAAAUUCGAGUAAAAUCACAGAGUUCACUUAUCCAGUGCGAAUGCAACAUGAUCACAGACAAUCUCUGCAAUUAUUACAAAUGACCAGAGGUCCCCAGAUAAUACUAAUCCCGCGAAUAGGGCUAUAGUCUGAGGUAAAAUUUGUAUGAGUCUGUUUUAAGAAGUCUUUAUUGACAACAAGAUUCCACAGUGACAUGACUUUUAGCUGGGAUCAUCAUGUGUGCACAGUGUGAUGGCCAGCAACAAUCGCAAAGGACUUUUUAAAACCGCAUAAUGCGCAGCCGGUUAAACUAUGGUUUGAAUGUACAAAAUGACAGAUAGCAAU